AAGAAAAUGGAAUCUGAAGAACAAGAUAGCUACGAGAUGGUAUCCUCACCUGGUGGAGGCUUUAACCUAAGGGAAGAGAUAAAAGAAGAACCGCCAGUGUUCGAGACUACAAAUCAGAACUAUUCGAUCGAGAUUCACUCUCCAGAUCCCGAGAUGGGGCCAAAAUAUGGAGCCACAUUAAGAAGGAAAGACGAUUGAGAAGACUCAUUCUUGAGAAUGAAUAGUGGAAUGCUUAUUCGCAUUAGCGCCAAUAAACUCAGUACAGUUAACUUCCAUAGGUUCUUGAUCAAGGUGGCUAGUAAAGGAAAUAUCUUUAAGGAAAUUUGUGAAAAAUUUCGCUCCUUGGUAAAGAUUUCAUUUAGUUAUUGAUACUUCACAGCAACUGUGAAUAGUUGGUACUUUACUAGUCAAUAUUACUAUGAAAAUGAGACAAAGUGCAUCCUUAUUGACUGCCCUUACUUUCAUGUUGGCAAAGGUAAAGAACCGACAGACUGUGGAUUCAGCUACGGAAGUUUAUUGGAAGGCUUAACGAACAUCAGUAAAAGAAUGCCUAAAUGGGCAACAGAGAGACUGCAUUUGAUGUUCGAACUUGACAAGUGUAGAGAAGCAUUAAAGCUUCCAGAAGACCUUAAAGUCCCUGAUAUCUAUGUGACAGCAGAGACUCUUCUAAUCCCUGAUGCUGAAGGAAAUAUCAUGUAUAAGGUGCUGGUUAAAAUCGAGAGGAGCUGCUCGAUGUUCCAUUCCUUUAAGGAAAUCAUCAACGAUCCCUUCGAUAUUGAAAAUCCUUAUGAUACUCAAAAGCCGCUAUCCUUCCCUGAUAGUUACGUCGAGGAGCCAUCUCAGAGGGUUGUCUCAGGCUCCUCAUUGCCCAGAAGAAACCAAGAAGCUACCCAAGCUAGGGCUCCUCAGAAGCCAUUUAUCCCAUUUUCUAAUGAGGAUGAUGACAUAUUUUAAGUUUGUUAGAU